GGAUGGCCAAACUGAAUUCUGCCGACGGGAGUUUUGCCUGGCUCGCUGACAAGGGCGCGGACAACGCAGGCGCCGCGACCAAGUGGAUGCCGGCGCCCCAAGCUUCCCCGGACCGUCUGGCACGGACGGCCACCCUCUUCCGGACGAGCUGACAGGGUUUCGUCCCGGCGGGACUCAAGCCGCUCUGCCUGCCAUCCAUCCAUCCCUUCCCUCCACGCGCUUCGCCCGACGGAGCCACCACGAGCAACAGUGCCAGGAGGCGAAGCGACCAUGUGCGCGGCGUGAGGGGCCAGCGAGCACCAGCAAAGGUUAAAUCGUCGUCGCUCCCGGCUCCAUGCUACGGCGACGACGACGACGGAUUGCAACCAUUCCUCCUCUUCACUCCUCCCUACCGCGUUGCGCUUCGACUCUCGACCGCAAUCCAUCCGUCUCCGUACGAGCCGGCUGCCUCCGGUCAUCCGUCGCCCUACAGGGCUGAAAGACUUGCUCAACCUACUCAAGAGUCGGACGGCCCGCCACCAUGGGCGCCAAGGAAUUCUUCAAGAAGCGCUCCCUCAAGGCCGACGAUUCACGACGGACAAGGGCCGCCGAGCUGACCCUGCGCGAGUCCAUCUUUCCCAUCUGCCUCGUCACCGUCCUCUUCUUCCUCUGGGGUUUCAGCUAUGGCCUGCUGGACACCCUCAACAAGCACUUUCAGACGGUGUUGCACAUAGAUCGUGCGCGCUCCUCUGGUCUGCAGGCCGCUUACUUUGGCGCAUACCCCCUAGCAUCCAUCGGGCAUGCCGCCUGGAUCCUGCGCCACUACGGCUACCGGGCUGUCUUCAUCUGGGGCCUCUGCCUCUACGCGCUCGGUGCGAUCUUGGCCAUCCCGGCUCUGAAGGGUAAAAGCUUUGGCGGGUUCUGCGCCUGCAUUUUUAUCAUCGGCAACGGCCUGGGCUCACUCGAGACGGCUGCCAACCCCUUCAUCACAGUGUGCGGUCCGCCACGAUACUCGGAAAUCCGCAUCAACAUCUCGCAGGCGUUCAACGGCAUCGGCACUGUGAUUGCUCCCGUUCUUGGCUCUUAUGUCUUCUUCAAUUUCAGCGAUGAGCGAGCUCUCGACAACGUGCAAUGGGUCUACCUCGCCAUUGCCGUCUUCGUCUUGCUCCUUGCUACGGCCUUCUUCUUCGCUAACAUACCCGAAAUUACGGACGCUGAUAUGGAGUAUCAAGCCAGGGAGACGCAUACAGACGCCGACGAGAAGCCCUUCAUCAAGCAGUAUAAGCUGUUCCACGCUGCCUUUGCGCAGUUCUGUUACACGGGCGCACAGGUCGCCGUUGCCAGUUUCUUCAUCAAUUAUGCGACGGGAACUCGCCCCGGAACGAGCGACUCUAUGGGGUCGAAGCUGUUCGCGGGGGCGCAGGCCGCCUUUGCCAUUGGCCGAUUCUCUGGUGUCGGAAUUAUGAAGUUUGUCAAGCCGAGAUGGGUUUUCCUGACGUUCUUGACAUGCUGCAUCAUAUUCAUCGGCCCCUCGAUCACUCAGGGCGGCAACAUCGGCAUCUCGAUGCUCUACAUUGUGCUCUUCUUCGAGUCCAUCUGCUUCCCCACCAUUGUCGCGCUCGGCAUGCGCGGGCUGGGUCGCCACACCAAGCGUGGGAGCGGCUACAUCGUCGGCGGCGUCGUCGGCGGCGCGUGCGUGCCCCCGCUCACGGGCGUGGCCGGCGACAGGCACGGCGACGGGUUCGCCAUGCUGGUGCCCAUGAUGUUUCUGAUCGCGGCCUGGACGUACGCGCUGUGCGUCAACUUCCUGCCCUCGUACGUCAAGGUGGUGGAUUCGUUCGGCGACGCUGAAAUUGGCAUUCGCGGCCACGGUGAGGACAUGGAGAAUGGGGGCCUGCACGCGGUGGAGGAGAAAGCCAACGACGAGCACAUUGGCAGCGGGCACAGCAACCGGACGGAUGAUGUUCAGACGGAAGCAUCAGUCAAAGCCCAGUCAUAAGUGCUGCCGUGCCGUUUCUGUCUUUCACAUGUUUGCUACAUGGGUCUCAUCUACCCUCUAAGGGGCUUAUGGAUAUAGCCAUGUUCAUAGUAUCUCGCUCGAACAACUUGGCCGAACGGCCACGCACGAC